UAAACGCAGUUAGUCUAUGUUUAAAACUAAGGGUUUUUUCUAACAGUUUUAGAGCUAGAUUUGUCAUAACAUUUUCCUCCGUGUGAUGAUGCUGAAACUUCAGCUCUUCUUGCAGCUAUGACAGUAUUUUGACCAGUCAUACUAAGCAGCUUGAGUGUCACAGUUUAGACAAAGUGAGUAUAUAGUCACACAACCUGAGGGCAACUUGAGCACUAUCCAUGAAAUGUGUUUAGUUUUCUAUGCUGCAAUAUUAUAUGGCCCCAGUUUUUCUGUGUGUGAUACUUUGUUUAAAUGAAGAUCAGUUUAGGAGUAUGCACCAUGUAAGUAAGCACAAUAUCAAUUCAAAAGUAGAUUUGAAUCUAUAUAAUUAAGCAGCAAUCUAUCUAUCUAUCUAUCUAUCGAUCUAAUCUUCUUAACAUGGGUCAGUCAUAAAUUGGUGCUAGUUUUAUUUUGAAAAAUGUCAUAAUGCUGCUGGCAGCUGACUCCCACUAACCAAUCAAAUACUCUCCUACACAAUUACAGGCACUUAAUCUCUUAUAUUUAAUUACAGAUGGUGUAUACUAAAAGAUGACAAUGAUAGACUAUGAAGUAGUGUUUCAUUAGCACAACGUGUGGGCUAAAUAACCUCAAAAAUCAUCUCUGGGAUGUGACAAAGACUAGCUACCUGUUGCGUUUUAUCUAAAAAGCCAUACACCCUAUCCAUUGGGGGUUAUCUGGGCCCUUGUCUGCUUUGUGUUUGUGGGAUUAGAGAGCAUUAUUCCAAUAUGGAGGAAAGAGGUCGCAAAGCUACUACUGUGCAGACGCGGGCACUCCUACGCCUUGAGUCUCCCUCUGCCGUUCAUUGGUCCAUUCAGCAUCUUCAGCACCACGCAGACUGAACAGCGACACACAGCCGUGCAGCUCUCAUCAAAUGAGGAUGCCGCACAGCUUACGCUGGCCUACACGGUUACUAUGAGACUGUUUAUCUGAUUUUUUUUUUUUUUAUUAUUUUUUUAUAGCCGUAAUGCCAUUGUUUCAUCAGUCUAUGUCAGGUGUUUACAGUCGGUGAAUGUACAGCUCACUGUCUCCCUCGUUUUGAUCGCGGAGAACCCGCUGGUGUCGUCUAGCUCUACAAGAGGAAGCUGUUUUCACCAUCACAGAUGCUCGGACUCGCAGGUUUUGUUUAUUUCACCGGGCUUCCCUCCCGUCGAUUCGACAGGCAUGACGGACUGUAACACCGCCGCUCAGGCUUUAGGCAGCAGCAGCAGCAGCAGCAGCAGCAUCUCAUGUACAGUGCCGCAUCAACAAGCCUCGCCGCCCGACCACCGGGUCCCCCUGCCGGCGCCCCGGUGUCCGCCGGUCCCCCGAAGCCUCUUGUGACAUGACAGCACGGGGAAGGAAGAGGAGGAUCAAAGGUUACGGGGCAGGGGUUCAAGCAGGAGCGCGUACGGGUCGGAUUCCUAGAGGAGAGGGCCCACUGGAAACAGAGAGAAUACAAAAAUUGAUGUGAUACUUCAUUAAUCCCUGCAGGGCAUUUCUCUCCUGGCUUGCAGCCUCCAGAGAGGUCAGAGCACGGGGUCAGCCACAGAGCAGGACCCCUGGAACUGCUGGAUGUGCCCAUACAUCAGCCUGAUGAUACAGAGGGAUUGAAACUGGAUCCUAGUCUCACUGGACCCAGCUGCCCCCCCACCCCUCCUGUGAUCCCACUGAAGCCUUAUUGUGAUUCUGAUUUGGGCCUACAGCGUGGUAGCACCCACCUUUGCCUUAAACAGUCUCAUCUGAUGCACGGCCUCAUAGUGUUGAUACUGGUCGAGUCCCAGUCAGCUGUGCUGUUCCCCAGGCCUGUCAGGCUCACUUGGCUGCUCCUGACCAUCACCUUCACCUGCACAGACAUGGGCUGCAUCCAGAGCAUAGCCUGUAACAAGUCACGCAUCAAACGAGAGAACAUCGUGGUGUACGACCUGUCCGCCACCAUAGACCACUGCCCGACUGUCAUUGAGGAGAACUCGCCAAUAGUGCUCCGGUACAAGACGCCCUAUUUCAAAGCCUCGGCGCGGAUUGUGAUGCCCCCCAUUCCGCGCAAUGAGACAUGGGUGGUGGGCUGGAUCCAGGCGUGCACCCAGAUGGAAUUUUACAACACCUAUGGAGACGUCGGCAUGUCGAGCUGGGAGCUGCCUCAGCUGCGAGAGGGCCUGGUGAGGGCUAUCAGCGACUCAGACGGUGUGAGCUACCCCUGGUAUGGAAACACAACAGAGACUGUCACCAUAGUGGGCCCCACCUCCAAGCCAUCCCGCUUCAUCGUCAGCAUGAAUGACAAUUUCUACCCAAGCGUCACCUGGGCUGUCCCGGUCAGUGAAUCCAACACGCCUUUACUGACUAAUAUCAAAAGGGACCAGAGCUUCACCACCUGGCUGGUGGCUCUCAACACCACCUCCAGAGAGAAGAUCCUGCUCCACACCAUCAAGUGGAGGAUGAGGGUCGAUAUCGCCGUGGAUCCGUCCCUGCCUCUGGGCUCCAGGGCCAGGCUGGUGGGCCGGGUGCAUCAGGACCAGCCUCGGGUGCUGACCCGCAUGGAGCCCAUCCCUCUUAACGCCAUGGGGAGGCCCAAUGCCAAUGACGCCCAGGUUCUGAUGUGGAGGCCGAGGAGAGGGCCUCCGCUUGUGGUCAUACCACCCAAAUAGAGCGUUGAGAGAUUUUGAAUGGCCGUUUCUUUUAUCAUAUCACAGUGGGCCACUUCUCCAGUGGAACGGCUAAUGAGAUAAUCAGAUGAAGACAAAAACAGACAAAUGAAGAUCUAUAAGCAGGCUGAGACUUGUAUGAACUGUCGAUGGCACAAAUAAGAGUUGCAGUCUUUUGCGUGUAUAAUCUUGAGGGGACAACUGCCUUAAUUCCCCACUGCUGCCUUUGACGAUCCAGAAAGUAUGUCGGUCUCUACUUCUGGUGCUGUUAAGCUGUUGGGUGUUCAGGCUUUUACUCCAGCCCAGCACAACUGAGCGAAGCAUUGUAUAACUUUGAAAAUCCGCCACCAGUGCUGGGAUGUAACGCAAACCUGUACUGUAGCUACUCAGGCCCAGAAAGAAAUGAUCAAGCAUAAACACAAACCCUGUUUUAAAAAGGUUCUUUGGCCUUAAUGAUGACAUAAUCCUGGCCUGCUCUGUACUGCGCAGUGAAGUGCUGUGUAACCAAGGAAUGGUAUUAGUGUCUAUGUGUCACACAGGUCCACGGAGGAUGGCACUGUUGGGGGGUUUAUUCAUAACAUAACUAUAAUAUCAACUGAAAUGUUACUGGAUGAUGUGCUUUCAGAGAUGAUGUGAGUGUGGGCGUGCAGGCAUGUGUGUAUGUGUUUGUGGUUGUGUGUUUUCUAUAAUGGAGCCCCAGGGUCAGGUCCAGGCUUGCUGCUUUGUCACACCAGACUGCCUCACACACACACAUACAUACAUAUAUAUAUAUAUAUUAUAUAUAUAUAUAUAUACACACACACACACACACACACACACACACACACACACACACACACACACACACACACACACACACACACACACACACACACACACACACACACACACACACACACACACACACACACACACACACAGGGGUGAUUAUGUUAUAUUGUAGGAUCAUUUUUGAAGAUGAUUUAAAAACAGAAAGAUUGUCAGCAUACAUGCAUCCUCAGAGCGACUUUGCUUUUUACAUAUCACAGAAAAUGUAGAAAAACCACAGUUUGGAUUUAGUCAUAUGCGCACACACAGUCAUAAAAGAAGCCCUGUAGCAGGAUUCUUUUUUUCAAUCACAAAUGGCCAGUUCAUCCAAGCUGCAGAGCUUCUCCGUCCCUGCCUUUUGAAACCCAGUGAUGCCUGUGUUGAUGACAGCCUCCUACAGCAGAAACAUGAUCUCGCCUUUUCCAUGUCCCAUCUAAUCAGAUUUGUGAGGUGAAGAAGCAAGGUUACUUCAUUUUACGAGUCAUAAAACGAGUCUGCCCACAGUGGCUGUGAGAGGACAAACAGAGCUAUAAUAUGUCUUCACUCAGUCAGUAUAUGAUGUUGAAGAACACAGAUUGUAGUGAAAGAGAAAUGUAUUUGUACUUGAAGGAUUGAUUCAUCCAAAUUACAAGAAAACAUAGUUUCUCACUUAACUCUAGCCUGUACAAAGCCAUGCAGAUUUUCGGGAUUGUAUGUGUCGAAGUUUCGAAAUAUCUGUCUGUGAGAUACUGCCUCCCAAACAAUGGUGGUCAAUGAAAUUUUGGUAGUUAUCACAGCUUUGAAAAACUUUGAUUGAAUGCAGAGUUAUUAAGAGCCUGCAGCCAUGCUAGCAGUAGCAGUGUUGCUUUGAGCUAACUGCUAAUAUCAGCAUGCUAACAUGCUCAAAAUGACAAUGCUUACAUGCUGAUGUUUAGCAGGUAUAAUACUCAACAUCUUAGGUUUGAGUGUUAGCAUGCUAACAUCCGCUAAUAAAGUACAGCUGAGGCUGAUGAAUGUCAUUCAUUUUGCAGAUAUUUGCUUGUAAAGUACAGGAAAAUCUUAAUUUUUUACAUGAUGAUGGUGCUACAUGAAAAGUUAGUACAGUACAUCCAGAGGGGGACUAAUAGUACCACAUUUCAUGACCAUCCAUCCAAUGCAAGACGUUUCACUAAACCUCUCAGUGGCGCCAGAGGAAAAGUCAGGAUUCAUCAUCUGGGGACUGUGUAUGUUUUUACAAAAUUUCAUGGCAAUCUAUUGUAAUCGUUUUUGACAUCUUCCAACAGAUAUUGCCAUCCUUAGAGUCAUGGCACUAGUAACACACAGUAACAAAUACUCUGCAUAAUGUACAGACUUUGCUAUCAACAGUUUUUAUAAGGACGGUUUCUUCAGUGGAAAGUAUUUACAUUUAUUUACUAUUUGGAAAGAUACACGUUGAUUUUUUUUUAAAUGUAAUUUGUCAAUACUCUAAGAACCACAAGUGGCUUUCUAGUCACCUUCAGUGUGAUGAAGUGGAGACAGAAAUCUCACAAACAGAUAUCUCAAAAACUGCCAAAAUAAAACCAAAACUAUCUACAUACAUUGCUACGUAGAGCUAUAAGUAAGUGAGAAUUUGUGUUUUUUAGAGUUUUUUUUUUAAAAUUUUGGUGUAGUAUUUGGUUUACACAAUUCAAUCUGUUGUGCCAUUAUGAUCUUUUAUAAAAUGUGUUUUUAUGAUGAUUCUUGACUGACAAUGAAAACAAGAGUGCAGCUUACAGAAUACAAACAUCUCACACUCAAGCUGAAUCUGAGAGUAAAAUGUUGCUUACUGUUUUCGAGGCAGGUCUAUGUGCUGUAUUUCUGUUCGUACACACUCAGCGCACAGUGGGCCAGUAAAACAGGUCAUGCUGAACUGCUGAGCUGGUCCAGGUGAGACAGAGAUGAAGAGAGACAGAGGAUGUAACCACGUUAUUUUACCCGUGCUGCUCAUUACUCUUGGUGCAAACCGAACAAGCCUUCACACACACACACACACAUACACACCUCAUCUAGAACGACAGUAGAGCCACGAUCACCGGGAGGACUGUUCUGCCAGUGUAUUGCGAGCCCUGCAACACACUCAUCAUGGACAGUGGAUAUUUUAACAACAUGCCUAUUGUAGCCAUGACACAGGAGCAGUUUGUGAGACAAACGGCAUCUGAGAGCCCACGCUGACAAUCAAGGGAAACAUCUAGAGCAGCACUUUUAACUGGAGAAACUAAGAAGGUGAUCUUUAUUGGUCUGAUUUUAUUCAGAGAAUUGAGGCUUUUAUAGGGUGAAACUAAAUGGAAACUUUUUUUCACAAGUUGCCCCAAUUAAAGUGUUAAAGAAAAUACAUUUAUACUUGACCAUGAGGUCACACACUUGCUGUCUGUGCGUAUCGGAGCUUCAAGUGUCUUUUACAGUAACAGAUGUGCCUGAGGACUCGGGUGGAGCGGUACACGGCACUUCAUGUGGAGAUUGACUCAUUAAUUCCUACUUGUUCUGCUGAUUGACUGGAGUUCAUUGCAGUG